ACAACCUGAGUUUCCUUUUGUGACACCCUUCAUCUAAAAAGAGCCUGAAAACAAGUGCAAGAGCAAACGAGAACGUGUGGGGUGAAGGAGUGGCAUUUCAGACGGAACUAAAGGUGAAAACUGGGUGGAUUAUUUUCCUCACAGUAAGCAGAAGUACUGUGGUAUGAAACACUGAGCAGUGCACAUACAGCAAAUCUUUAGUGUAACGUGCCAGUAAUAUGUGAGGUGCCUCUGCUGGCUGGCACACACAAACGGAAGAGUCUGGUCAGCUGGUAGCAACAGUUGGAGAGGGUGUGUGUGUGUUUCUAGUUCACCCUCACGUUUCUCCCGACCUGAAGUGCUGUGUGAGACUGCAUUAGCCGAGUGCUCUUCGCUUUUGCUGUCUUUCUUUAACUUUCAGUGAAAGUGUUCCUCCCUGCGAGCAGCCGGGAGAAACAGAGACCGCGGACGGAGGAGGAGAAGAGAGAGAGAGGGAGAGAGAGAGAGACUCAUUACUCUCGCUUUCUGACGCCUUCGUUUGUGUGAACCAACAGAAGAUGACAACGAAAUGUGAGGUGGAAGAAAAAGCCGGAGUCGCGGUCCUGCUCCUGCUAGCCGGUGUGGACUGACCGACUGGUGGUUCGUGCGGAGAGAAGCGUCGUCCGUUGGAAAGGGAGAACUGCCUGAGCCGCCCGUUGCUAAGUAGGCUAGUUCAACCGUCUUCUUCUCGGCAGCCUACCUGGAAGACCAGGUCUCCUCCUCUCGGUCCAGUCAUGCCCUUUGAAUGGCGAACCCUCAUGUUCGGAUUUGUGACGAUUCUGGCGGUGUUCCUGAUUCUGGCUGAUAUAUCUGAAGUGGAGGAGGAGAUGGCCAGCACUUGGGGCUCUCAGAAGUUUCACUUGUACGGCAUUCUAACUGGUUCAAACAGGGAGACAGGGUUAAAGGCUAUUCCCUCUCCUAUAGCUGGUUCCAAGGAAGACUCUGUCUCUCCAUCACCUUCUUUCUCAAAGAACAAGUUUAGCAGUUCCUCUACAUCAGAAUGGACCUUCAACAGGACUCUGUCCAGCAUCAUCAGGAGGAAUGUUUUAAGGUUCUUGGAUGCUGAGAGAGACAUCUCUAUCCUGAAAAGCACCUUCAAGCCUGGAGAUGUCAUCCAUUACAUUUUUGACCGUCAGAGCACCACAAACAUCUCAGAGAACCUGUACCGCCUUCUACCCACAGCAUCCCCCAUGAAAAACCAGCAUUACGAACAGUGUGCAAUUGUAGGGAAUUCUGGGAUACUGCUAAACAGUAGCUGUGGAGCAGAGAUCGAUUCUCAUGACUUUGUGAUCAGGUGUAACCUGGCCCCUGUGGAGGAGUACACAAACGAUGUAGGCCUUCGCACCAGCUUGGUGACCAUGAACCCAUCAGUGGUACAGCGCGCCUUCCAAGACCUAAAUAGUGAGGAGUGGAGGCAGCGUUUCGUGCAGCGGCUGCAGGCGCUCAGUGGCAGCGUGCUCUGGAUCCCUGCCUUCAUGGCUAAAGGCGGAGAGGAGAGAGUAGAGUGGGCCGUCCGCCUCAUCCUCUCACACACAGUCAAUGUGCACACUGCCUUCCCUUCCCUGCGCCUUCUCCAUGCUGUUAGAGGGUACUGGCUGACCAACAAUGUCCAGAUCAAGCGACCCACCACCGGCCUCCUUAUGUACACCAUGGCCACCCGCUUCUGUGACGAGAUCCACCUCUACGGUUUCUGGCCUUUCCCUCGUGACUCCGAAGGCAAACCGGUCAAGUACCAUUACUAUGACACGCUGACUUACCAGUACACAUCAAGCAGCAGCCCCCACACCAUGCCUCUGGAGUUUAGGACCUUGAGCAUGCUACACAGGAAGGGGGCCCUGCGGCUACACACAGGAACCUGCAGGUCCCCCACCUGAUCAUCAGAAGCUGUUGCGGAGUGUGCUUGAGGUAAAUAAACACUAUGAAUGACCAUUUGAAAUGACCUGGGAUGCGGGUUGAAAAGAGGUGGCACUCCGGGUGUUAAAGAAAGAACCUGUUGAAGAUAAAUUGCUCAUACUGAAUGUGUCAGGCUUCAGGCAAAGUGUUGCUUGGCUGUAUCUGAGAAUGCACUGUAUAUAACAUAUGGGAAAUGGUUGUAAAGGUCAGCUGAUCUGCUGAAAAGGUCUUUUAAAGGUCAGUAGAUGUUCUUUUUUCUUUCCUAAAUGAUCACCUUUUUCUGCAUGCCUGAGUUGCAUACCACUCUGUUCUUGAAAGGUUAUGGCUAUGUGCAAUAUUCAGAUAUUUUUGUUUGUUUUUGUUUUUUUGGGUUUUUUUUGCAUUUACCUGAUAGGUUCUGUGUUUUAAUUUGCUAAAAUGAAUAUGGUUGGAUUCCUGCUCAAGAAAAUGAUCAGGGAUCUCUGAGAAGCUUAACGGCUCACUCUCCCAUGUAGCAAUGACUGUUCUGCUUCUACGAAGCCUCCAUAUAGUGAGUUAAACGUCUCAAUACAUUUGACUGAAUGUACAGCCUCAGUAGUCCGGUUGAGGCUAUUCUUGGUGCUGCAGGGCAUUCAUUCGGCCACAAGAUGGAGGCAUAUUAAUGAAACACGGAACAUAGAUAGUUGAGUGCCAUCCGAUUAUAGCCAUUUGUUUUUAUUGUCUCUUGUGCUGUUAAAAAGUGCCCAUUUUGUUUGAUUUUGUGAGCAGCUAUUUAAGGCUGAACUUUUACUGUUGCUGUGUGAGAAUGUGAAAUAAUCUUUGUGUGUCCACAACUGACAGUUAUGACUUAUUUUGAUAGUUAAUGCUCUUGCAUUAACAGUUACAGGCUCAUUUCUAUAACUUGUAUAUUGUAUGGUUAAGUAUUUUCUGGACACAUCCUUCACAAGUUACAUUCACUUGACAUGAAUUAGUAAUAAUACUUGAAUUCAGGCUGUAGUAGAGGGACAUAUGAAGAAAAAGGCUUAAGCUGUGACCAUGAGCGGUUGUGGUUUAUAGAAGACCCUCUAUAUGGCUACACAAACAAGACCACGAAGACUCUGAAGUGUUACUUAAGAUACCAGUGGAAUGUAUGCUGAGCUGAGAGAACUAACAGAAUUGUAAAUCCCAGAUGGAUUGGUCUGUUUUUUUUUUCCUCGUGAAGUAUAUGUACUGCAAGUCAGCAAACACAGCCAUUCCCUGCUGUUAUGCAAACGUGAAGGAGAUACCGCAGUCAAAUCCAGAACACACCCAGCUGUUCACACAGACCCGUGCUUACACAAGGACGACUGACAGUGAAGGGCCCUUGGGGAUUUUGACUGUGACUGUGCUUUCCAUACUUGAGUGCACCAACUGCAAUGAAGCUAUUCUCAGCCGUUGGCACAAUGUGCACUCGGAGGGUGCGAGUCCGGAGCUUGAAAAACGUCUCGAGUCCGUUUGGAGUGGUUUCUGUGUGGUGUUUUUGUAAUUGACCUCGACUAAACUGCAUCCAAGAAGGCCUGUUUUUGCAGGGUGAUUCUGGGUAUAAAAAAAUUCCUAACUCGUCUAAAAUGAUGUUUACAAAUUAAAAGCAUUUGUAAGUGUUACAUUUUCUUAAAUUUGAAUUUGCAUUAACACGGUCUUUUAGGAUGCAAACAGGUCCUGUGGGCCUUUUUUCCCAGGAAACAUUUGACACAGGGUCUCUUUCGCACACAAAGACCUUUCAGUAUAGGUGUCUUUAGUAUAUCAUCACUGAAAAUUUGGUCUUAAAUUACAGUUAGAUGUUCCAACCUCAGUUAGUCACAGUCGUCCAGCUAAUUACAUUCUUCAGGAGUCCUUGGUUGGCUGGAUCAGAUGCGCUGGUGCUAGGUGAGGGAGGAGGGGUAGCGUUAGAUGCAGGUUAGAACUAAACGCUGCUGGAAAGUACAUCUCCAGAAGGACGUUGGAGAGCACUGCUUCAGAAUUAGCCUGUUCUUGUUACUGUGCCUUAAUAUCUCUGUUCUGAUUGGCUGCCCUGUAUCGUGUCUCAUGCCAGAAGCAUUCUUGGCUGAAACACUCCUUAUAAUUUCAGGGUGAAUAGGCUGAAUCGGCGUUUGUCUGUAAAUGUGUUGGUCUUCUUGACAUCAUUAAAAUGAAAACGAAACGA